GGGGGAUACUGGAGCUCGCAGGGUGAGGGAGGGGUGUCAAGAGUGAGAGAGGUGCAGGACUUCCAAAUUUAGACCCUUGAGGCCCUUUGGGCUCAGUUCCAGGCCACUCCGGCCACCAUGCGCGACAGGACCCACGAGUUGAGGCAGGGGGAUAAUAUCUCAGAGGAUGAAGACGAGGUUCGAGUCGCGCUGGUGGUGCACUCAGGUGCUGCCCGGCUGAGCAGCCCGGACGACGAGUUCUUCCAGAAGGUGCAGACAAUUCGGCAGACUAUGGCCAAACUGGAGAGUAAAGUCCGGGAGUUGGAGAAACAGCAGGUCACCAUCCUGGCCACGCCUCUUCCCGAGGAGAGUAUGAAGCAGGGCCUGCAGAACCUGCGAGAGGAGAUCAAACAGCUGGGGAGAGAGGUCCGGACACAGCUAAAAGCCAUAGAGCCCCAGAAGGAAGAAGCUGAUGAGAAUUAUAACUCAGUCAACAAAAGGAUGAAGAAAACCCAGCAUGGAGUCCUGUCCCAGCAGUUUGUGGAGCUCAUCAACAAGUGCAACUCAAUGCAGUCAGAAUACCGAGAGAAGAAUGUGGAGCGGAUUCGGAGGCAGCUGAAGAUCACCAACGCUGGAAUGGUGUCUGACGAGGAGCUGGAGCAGAUGCUGGACAGUGGGCAGAGUGAGGUGUUUGUGUCUAAUAUACUGAAAGACACACAGGUGACUCGGCAGGCCCUGAAUGAGAUCUCUGCGCGGCACAGUGAGAUCCAGCAGUUGGAGCGCAGUAUCCGUGAGCUUCACGAGAUCUUCACUUUUCUAGCUUCCGAGGUGGAGAUGCAGGGGGAAAUGAUCAAUCGUAUUGAGAAGAACAUCCUGAGCUCAGCAGACUAUGUGGAACGUGGGCAGGAGCAUGUCAAGAUAGCCCUAGAGAAUCAGAAGAAGGCGAGGAAGAAAAAGGUCAUGAUUGCCAUCUGUGUCUCUGUCACUGUUCUCAUCUUGGCUGUCGUCAUUGGCAUCACCAUAACCGUUGGAUAAUGUCCCAUGUUCUUGGCACUGGGAGAGACGGAGACCCAGCAUGUGUGGAGCAGGGCAGGCCUCCAGCUGAACCCAUCCUCACACUGGCCCUUGUGCAGAAGGGCACAUGGCUCUCCCAGGGUUGGCAGCUGCUUAUUUGUGGAGUCCUCCCCUUCAGGCCACAAUGCCUGGGAGACAAUUUCCAAUGUCCUGUUUGUCUGGGACACAUGGUUUUGUAAAAA